AUGCCUUCGGGCGCUGAACUGGCGCAGCUAUUCGAGACCAUCGAUACUUCAGUUAUUGCUACUACAAAGACUCUCUCGUCCCUCUUCGAAAAGGCAGAAUCCGACCCCACUCAUCCGGACCUCGAUUAUUCAGCCGGUCUGACGCUCUUGACCGUUAGACCUCAACUUCUGCUCGCCUCGUUACAUCAGCUCGUCAUUAUGCUCGGUCUCCGACUGAGCACGUUGCUGGUCGCCGACGAGAGCGAAGAAGACGACGAAGAAGAACUCGACAAUGAUGCCUUCACGAGGACUUUUGUCGCACCGGCAUCGAGGCCCACUCUCGACACCGUCGGCAAGGUCGAAAAAGCCAUCGAAGAGGAACUGCGAGUCAUCCGUGAAGUGAUGGAAAAGACCAAGGCGCUCGAGAGCAAGGUCUCUUAUCAGGUCAAGAAGCUCGUCGCGCUCGCUUCUUCUGCCGGAUCAGCCACCCAGACCAAGGGCGAGUCGAGCGGUAAUAAGAACGAAGAUGACGAAGAGGAGGAACAGGAUCAGUUGUCGUACAAGCCCAACAUCGGGGCCAUCUUGUCGUCAAAGGCGGCCGGCAAGGCCAGGGACGUUGAUCAGGAUGACGAGGACCGGGACGAUGCUAGGGCCAAGAGGCGAUCCAAGAACUCGAGGCGGUCACUUACGCCCUCGGAUGAAGAUGACGAGCAGACUGGCGAUGGGAUAUAUCGACCGCCCCGACUCGGUGCCAUCCCAUACAACGAGGGCCGCAGAGACUCGUCGAAGCGAGCAGACCGACGGGCUCCCGCCUUGUUGUCAGAAUUCGCUGACUCGCUCACCAAUGCACCUGGUCUCGAAUCCACUUCGGGUCUUUCGGUCCGCCCCGUGGUGGCGAGCGAUAACCUGCGAUCCAACUCGACGUCUGCCAAGCGAAUGGCCGAGUUGCAGCGUAUGACCGAGUUUGAAGAGGAGAACAUGACGAGAUUGGUCAUGCGAAAGCGAGACGCGAAGCGACGAGAGGAGGACGAGUCGGCCCUCUUGAUGGGAUACGGUGUCGGUGGAGAGCAACGGAGCCGUAGUCGACGACAAGGAGGGUUCGAGGCCGAGCUCGAGGGUGUGCUUGGUGACCGAGGGAACAGCAAGGGCAUGUGGGACGACGUCGGCAAGGGCCUGGGCAAGCGUGAUUCCAUGCUCGAGCGUAGUCGGAAACGUACCGGGGACGACGUGGGAGGUGCUGGUGGACCCAAGAAGCGGAGAUUCGAAAAGGCCGUCAAGAAGCACAAGCGAUGA